AUGGCAUCUGGAGGAGUAACAUGUGUCAAAUUUUUGACAUUCUUCUGCAAUUUAUGUUUUGCCCUUUCGGGCAUACUGAUUUUAUUGAUCGGAGCAAUGGUGCAAUUCAACUAUGCCCACUAUUCAAACUUUGUUAGUGAUCACAUAUGGACAGCGCCAAUAAUUUUGAUGAUUGUGGGAUCGUUGGUGGCAUUUAUCUGCUUCAUGGGGUGUUGUGGUGCUUUAAAGGAAAACAGCUGCAUGAUCCUGUCGUUUGUCAUCUUGGCGUUGAUAGUAUUUUUCCUUGAGAUAGGGUUGGGUAUAGCGGGCUAUAUCAAACAUACUGGUCUCAAACAAAUGAUGGAAAGUCAAUUCAAUGUAACCAUGGAUGAAUAUAAUGAUCGUAAAGACUAUCGUGAUGCAUGGACUCUAUUACAAACCGAGUUGGGAUGUUGUGGAAUUAAAGGACCCGCCGAUUGGGAACAGGUUUUCACUAACAAAACCAUCCCAUCGUCUUGUUGUCAGAUGAUUAACCUUAAUGAAGCUGAUGUCUGUACCGUUGCUCAUGCUAAUUCAGAUGGAUGUUUGCAGAAGCUCUUGAAUAUUUUAGAUUCCAAAACCUUAGUAUUGGCUGGAGUUGUUUUGGGAGUUGCUGGCGUUCAGUUUCUUACCAUUCUGUUUGCCUGCUGCUUGUAUCGGUCGUUUCGGAGAAGCUACCAAACCGUUUGAAUUACGUAGCCAAGAUCCAUUAUGUCGAAUAUAAGACGGAUACAACGAUGUACUACUGUUCAUCUCUGGCUGAAAUACGAUUGAUAAUCACUCGUAUCUUAAAAUUACCAAACAGGCAAUUUUUAAAACCGAAUUUGGAGA